GGAACUUUUUCUCGUGCGAAUCAAAGAAUCAAUACAAUACAAAAUAAAAAUAGUAUAAUUAUUAUAUCAUCACAUGUCAUAUCAUAGAUUAUUAUAUGUAUUAAUUCUUAUAACAUAUACUGGUGCAGCACACUUUUCAAAUUUCUCAGCAACUUUACAAAAUUCAGGUCUUGUUUUUCUGGAAUUAGGUAGAGCUUUUCACUUACCGGUUACCAUUCUAAGUGUUGAAUUGAAUCCUCAUAAACCCGUGUUUUGUGGCUGUAACUUGUGGAACUGAAUUGGUUCUUUCUGGAGCUAAAAAUUGAAUUUUCAAUUUAUCUGUUGAAGCUGUUGUCAGUGACGAUAAGAGGUGAAGUGGAUUAAGUUCAAAUGGAGCAGUAUGAAAUUCUAGAACAGGUCGGUAAAGGUGCAUUUGGUUCUGCUCUGCUUGUGAGGCACAAGCAUGAAAAGAAAAAGUAUGUCCUCAAGAAGAUCCGUCUUGCUCGCCAAACUGACAGAACCCGUAGGUCGGCCCAUCAGGAGAUGGAGCUUAUAUCUAAAGUUCGCAACCCAUUUAUUGUGGAGUACAAAGAUUCUUGGGUAGAAAAGGGUUGUUUUGUAUGUAUUAUCAUCGGCUAUUGUGAAGGAGGAGAUAUGGCUGAAGCUAUAAAAAAGGCCAAUAGUGUUAACUUUUCUGAAGAGAAACUCUGCAAGUGGCUUGUCCAGUUGCUGAUGGCACUUGAUUACUUACAUGUAAAUCAUAUUCUUCAUCGCGAUGUCAAGUGUUCAAAUAUAUUCUUGACAAAAAAUCAAGAUAUACGUCUAGGUGACUUUGGUCUCGCUAAAAUGUUGACAUCUGAUGAUCUUGCUUCAUCAAUUGUUGGGACUCCAAGUUAUAUGUGCCCUGAGCUUCUUGCUGAUAUACCCUAUGGCUCUAAAUCAGAUAUCUGGUCUUUGGGAUGCUGUGUUUAUGAAAUGGCUGCUCACAGACCAGCUUUUAAAGCUUUUGACAUACAAGCAUUGAUUCACAAAAUAAACAAGUCUAUAGUAUCUCCACUGCCAACUAUGUACUCUAGUGCUUUCCGAGGGCUUGUUAAAAGCAUGCUGCGGAAAAAUCCAGAGCUAAGGCCAACUGCCAGAGAGUUACUAAAUCAUCCACAUCUUCAGCCUUACAUUCUUAAAGUUCACCAAAAACUAAAUAGCCCCAGAAGUACUUUUCCAUUCCAAUGGCCCGAGUCAAACUAUGCAAGAAGAACUCGGUUUGUGGAGCCAGAAUCUGUUUCUACUCUUUCUGACCAAGACAGGUACUUGUCACUAAACAAUCACAGGGCAUUGAAUCCCAGUAUUUCUGGAACGGAACAAAGUUCUCAAUAUUCUUCUAUUCAAAGAGCUCAAGGAUUAUCCAAUUGUUCAGUAGAGAAGCUCUAUGACUUAUCUGCUGGUGUUGUCCGUGAUCACUGCAAUACUAACAAAUCAAAAGCCAUAAAGUCCUCAACUGGGGAAAGAACACCACGACUUAGAGUAGCUAAGGAAUCCGCUUCUGCCAGAAGGCAGACAACAGCACAGCCAAAGAUAUAUGUUACCGGUUCAAAGCGUGAAUCACUUCCGGUUCCCCGUGCACCAUCUGGUAAGUCUUCCACGCCAACUUGGAGAGCAUCCCUUCCGAUUCCUACAAGAGGCAGGAACACAACAAACUUCUACACUGAUGUUGGUUAUGUGGAUUCUCCUGAUGUUUCUGUUGAUGCACCGCAAAUUGACAGGAUUGCAGAAUUCGCAAUGGCUUCCUACGAGGAUCCAUUCUUUCAUGUUAUUCGCAGAUCAUCAUCAGCAUCAGCCAAAUGUUUUUCUAGCACAGCAGGGAGUGCUGAUUGCACAAUCACAAAGGACAAGUGUACAAUCCUGGUGGACAAAAAAGUUACUGUCCCUACUAGCACCGCUGAAGCUGGUACUGGUGUUCCAUUUACAAAUGGCAGUGCCAGUGAAUGCUCUAACUAUGUUACAGCUGGCGUUUCAAGCCGCUCCUCAUCUGAGUCGCGCGAGCAUCGGUUUGACACCUCGUCAUACCAGCAACGUGCUGAUGCGUUGGAGGGGCUGCUGGAGUUCAGUGCUAGACUACUACAACAACAUAGGUUUGAUGAGCUUGGUGUAUUGCUGAAGCCGUUUGGGCCUGAGAAGGUUUCUCCAAGGGAAACGGCUAUUUGGUUGGCCAAGAGCUUUAAACAAAACUGUGAUCUAAGGUUUCCUCAUACACUUACGUGAUCAUUGCAUGGGAUAGUUUACAUUAAUUUUGUUGUAUAUUUGGCAAUGACAUAUGAAGAUUGAAGAGUUGUUUUGAUUAUCUGCAUUGGUAUUUUUCAUGAGGUUUGAUUAAGUUUUUAAUAUGGAAUAAAUAAUAUAAUACUGCACAUCAAUUGUAAGAUUGAUUCACAUCUUUAUAGCACCAACAUGAUUACAACCUGUA